UUCUGAAAAAUCCGACGCGUCACCGCCACUACCGGAAGCGGAUGCUCGUUGCACAUUUAUACUCUUUUCGUAGCUGCUCUCAGUGUUUAGCCGUCAGCGGUAACAGCCUUCAUCGUGACAUUUUAGAUACCAGGACCAGCUAUGUCUCACACAAUUCUGUUGGUGCAGCCCACCAAGAGACCAGAAGGCAGAACAUAUGCAGACUAUGAGUCUGUCAACGAAUGCAUGGAAGGAGUGUGUAAGAUGUAUGAAGAGCAUCUGAAGAGGAUGAACCCCAACAGUCCUUCCAUCACAUAUGACAUAAGCCAGUUAUUUGACUUUGUUGAUGAUCUUGCAGACCUUAGCUGUCUUGUUUACAGGGCAGACACACAAACCUACCAGCCCUACAACAAAGACUGGAUCAAAGAAAAGAUCUACGUGCUGCUGAGGCGUCAAGCCCAGCAAGCGGGAAAAUAAGGAGUGUAUUUUUCUGAAUUAUUUCUGAUGCUAGUCCCCAACUCUGUCAGAACUAUGACACAUCACAGGACAAACAUAGAUGUGAUGCCACUUAGUUCAGAUUGUUGAAUGCAUGUCUGUUCAGUCAGUACAUCAAAGCAUAGAGUGAAAAUAUUUUACAUUUUAAAUUGCAUUUUUGUAACUCGAGUUAGGGACAUGGGAUAUUUAUCAGAAAAGAGGGUAAGAUUUGGGGAAAAAAGGGUUAAGGAUUUCUUUUCUUUUUUUCAAUCCCUCUCAAUUGUUUUUAUUUUUAUUUUAUUGUGGUUUAAUUGUUCUUUAAUUCAAUGAAGUAUAAAACAUACACAUUUCAGAUUAUGUAGAUGGUUCGGAGUCAUCUUCUAUCCCAACUUUUGUCCCCCGUGCUGUUACAGAUUUUGUUGGCCCUGUCUGUUUUGUGUAUAUAUCCAGUUGUCACCGCUGGAAAAUAAUAAAAAUCUUCUCACACAAA